UGCUAUCAGCUGAUAAGAAUAAUAGACAAAGAUUUAAAAUUUGAAAUAAUGGCAAACAGCGCAGCUGCAGCUGACAGUGCUGCAAUCAAGAAAAAGGUGCUGAGCAGUGGAGAAUAUUCACGCAUUUGCCAAUUUAUCAAUGAGUUUAGCGGCGGCUUGCCGAUGGAUUGCGAGUUGGAAAUGGUAAAUCGAGUUUUCACUGACGUUGAGCCAUUAGCCCUGAUCUGCAUAUUGCAAACAGAGUUAUUUAACAUUGCGCGGGGUCAGCAUUGGCGGCACGAAACCCGCUCCAAAAAGCUGUUAAAAACCUAUGAAGAUCAGUGCCAUUUGUACAAUGAUAAUACUCUUGUGAUUCGCAUUGCAUGUGCGGAGAACAUGAGUCCCAUUGCGCUAUGUCGGCUGCUUCUGCAAGAGAAAUACGAACUGAAGCAAAGACCUCUAAUUUCCCGAUUGCUAAAGCACCCUCAUUUAAUUAAUGAUUCACGCCUGGCCGCCAACGUACAACAGUGUUUAUACAGCGACAAUCAGGAGGGGCCUAUCACGGACCUACGACGACGGAUAAUUGGCGAAGAGUACGAAUUGAAGCUGAAACGACUGGCUAAAGAAGCGGGCAUAUAUUUCUAUGAUGAGCAAGAUUUGCGACGUAUGGGAUAUGACAAGACCCCCGAUAUCAAGUUGAUAUUACCAUUUAUCUACAAGGGGCUUGUAGUAAAUUGGAUAGAGAGCAAGGCAAAUUUCGGUGAUCCCAAGAGCCACAAAUGGAACAUUCAGCAGCAACUGCUGAGCUACUGCAACCGCUUUGGACCUGGCAUCAUUAUCUAUUGGUUUGGCUAUCACGAAGAAACCCCGCAGCUGCCGGAUAAUAAUAUUGGUAUAACAGUGUUGGCAGAUUUUCCAGCGCGCGAAGAUUUAGUUUUUAUGCAGUUGCCAGAGUUGACGCCUGCUGCGAGCAACACAGACAUUUCUGUGGGUUAGCCUUUGAAAUAUUCCAUUUAACCCCUUGACAUACUGUUAUUUAACAGUAUUUAUUUUUGUAUUUAUAAAUUCUCAUUUACAUAAAUUCUUUUUGAUUUUUACAAAGUACAAAAACA